CUGGCCCCAGACCAGCCUUGUCUAUGCUGACAAAAAGUGAAAUACAAAUACAGCUCUCGCCUUGUGUCCUGCAUUGAGGUCCUCCCUGCCUUCCACCAGCCUAACCAUGACAGAAAGGAGAUACUAAACAUCAUCAUGAAGCUGCUGACUGUGUCUCCACUUCUCUUGGCAAUGAUGGCUCUGACCACUGUUGCUGGAGAGGGCAAUACUGACACCAUCUUCCCAUCCUGUCCUCGUGGUUGGACUCAGUACUGGGGCCGAUGUUUCUACUAUGUUUCCCAACCCAUGAUUUGGGGUGAUGCUCAGGAAAACUGUCAGUCCAUGAAUGCAAACCUUGCAUCUGUGCACAGCCCUGAGGAGUACCUGGAGAUUCAGAAGUUGAUAUUUGAUGACAGCAAAGCAAGUGAGCGAACAUGGAUUGGUGGUACUGAUGCCCAGCAGGAGGGUUAUUGGUUUUGGAUGGAUGGGACUCGUGUCACAUACACAAACUGGUGUCAGGGAGAGCCUAACAACUCCUAUGGCAAUGAGAACUGCAUGGAGAUGAAUUUUUCAGGAAACAAGUGUAUGAAUGAUCAGAGCUGCUACAGCAAAUUCCCAUCUGUCUGCGUUUGGAAAAUCUGAUGUUUCCUGGGCUGUCAUGAAGGCAUGGACACCUGACAAAGAAUCAAAUAUUCGGACCUGAAACAUC